AUACCCUCAAAUCAAAGCUGGAAAUCUGCCCUUUCAGCUUAUAUUCAUUAAUGAAUUUAAACUGUGGUUGACAGUUAAAAUAAUAAUAACUUGGUCAAUGUCCGAAUAGUUCUGGACCUGAAUGUGUGUGAUAGACAGAUUUAUAUUACCCACUACUCGCUAUGUACGUUAUCUUAGUUUUACGGGUAGUAUAUUUGUCAGUUGGUGCUGUUCCCUUCACAGAUGCUAUUGGGCUGCACCUCCUUGUGUAUUUUAUUAGUGAGGAAAGGGCCAAAGGGGCCGGUUCUGGGUUCAGUUCUGUGUGAUUGAUGGCUUCAUCACAUCAACACGUGUCUCUUUAAUGCUUUCAAACCAAAACAAGUGUAUUUGGAAAUAGACUCAGACGUUUUGUUUACUGACAUGGAUGUGAUAGGGUAGUUGGCUAUGUCAGUGGUGACAUAACCAGGGGCGCAACUUUGGUUUUAGAAGUGUGUGAGGGGGGGGACAUUAAUAUUUUUUUUACGCAUGGGCCUAAAGCAGACCAUUGCCUCGUUUUGUAUCACAUUCCAAUGAUAAAACUGGGGGGACAAAAAUGCAAUUUCAGAAUGUGUGGGGGAGCAUGUCCCCCUUGUCCACAGUGAAAGUUGCGCCCCUGGACAUAACAUUCAUAUAAGUGACAAUGUCAUUGAUAAUAAUGUAAUUAAUUUAUCAUAUGAGUGACAUAGCAAUCAAUCAUAUGAAUGGUUAAUCUAGAUUGAUCUAUAAAGGUUUUCUUUAAAAAAAUUGUUUUAGUGGUUUAUUAUGACUGUGAUCUCUCUCCCUCUUCUCCCUGUUUCUGCAGUAUUUUCUCCCUCUCUCUGAGACCGAUAGGGUGAUUAUUGCAAGCAGUCUUGGCUCUGAGCCAUAGAUAGCAGUUCGCUUGGCUGGGAGUGAAAUUUUCAUCUCAGUAAAACCCCUUCCACCGUUCACAGUCCUGCUGACCUGUCUCUAUCUCUCCUCCAGGACCCGUUGACAGCAGAGCCAGGAUGGAUGCUAACGGCAUAUUCUCACUUCUGUUGCUGUGUUCUGUCACUGAGCUGUGUGUGUUGGCGAGCCCUGAGGGGAAUGACUCCCAGCAGCACCAUACCCAGAACGUCUACCACGACAUCGGUGUCACCAGGAACACCAUAGUCACUGCUCAGUUUGAGUGCUAUCAGAAGAUCAUGAAAAACGACAAACACAACAAAAUAGGGCCAGUGUGUAACAGGACGUGGGAUGGCUGGCUGUGCUGGGAGGACACAGAGGCAGGCUUCACUACAAACCAACACUGUCCAGACUACUUCCAAGACUUUGACACAGCAGAAAUGGCGUCCAAAGUGUGCAGUGAAACGGGUAAUUGGUUUCUACACCCGGAGAGCAACAGGACAUGGACAAACUACACCAAAUGUACGGCAUACACCAGCGCAGGAAGAGUGACAGCGAUGAAUCUCUACUACCUGGUUCUGAUUGGACAUGGACUGUCGCUAACGUCAUUGUUCUUCUCAUUGGGAAUAUUUUUCCAUUUCAAGAGUCUAAGCUGCCAGAGGAUAACACUCCACAAAAACCUAUUCUUUUCAUUUGUGUUGAACUCAGUCAUCACCAUCAUCUGGUUGACAGCGGUGGCUAACAACCAGGGACUAGUGCAGAGCAACCCUGUGAGCUGUAAGGUGAUCAUGUUUAUUCACCUGUACCUGUUUGGCUGUAACUACUUCUGGAUGCUGUGUGAGGGCAUCUACCUGCACACACUCAUCGUGGUGGCCGUGUUUGCUGAGAAACAGCACCUCAUGUGGUACUACCUGCUUGGAUGGGGAUUUCCACUCAUACCUGCAUUGAUUCAUGCAAUAGCACGAAGCUACUACUACAAUGAUAAUUGUUGGAUCAGCUCAAACACAUCCCUGCUCUACAUCAUCCAUGGUCCCAUCUGUGCUGCCCUGCUGGUGAAUCUGUUCUUCCUGUUGAACAUUGUGCGUGUCCUCAUCACCAAACUGAAGGUGACCCAUCAGGCUGAAUCUAGCCUCUACAUGAAGGCUGUGAGAGCCACCCUGAUCCUUGUCCCUCUCCUGGGCAUCCAGUUUGUCUUGUUCCCCUACAAACCCCAGGGACGCUUCGCCUUGGAGAUCUACGACUACAUUAUGAACAUCCUCAUGCACUACCAGGGUCUCCUCGUUGCCACCAUCUUCUGCUUCUUCAAUGGCGAGGUCCAAGGUGUUUUGCGAAGGCACUGGAACCAGCAGAGGAUCCAGUUUGGCAGUAACUUCGCCCACGCAGACGUCUUCCGCUCAGCCUCAUACGUGGCGUCAUCCCUGACGGAGGUGCACCGCUGCUACAGCAUCGACGGGCACACCGAACACAUGAACGGCAAGAACAGCUACCACGACAUCGAGACGGUGACACCUACCAUACUCCGGUCGGACAACCCGUUUGCCUGAGGCCUGAGGCUGAAGGUCGAAAGUCACAGGCCUUGGGUCUGUACAGUUACACAGUGGCAGUUAAACUUUCAGUUGAAAUGACUGCAGACAAUUUGGAGCUCUUUUUCCACCAUAGUCUAGAACAUUUUACAUUGCAUGAACAUUACAUGAACGUUUAUAGGGAGCACUACUCAACCUCUUCAUCUGGUAAAUACAGUUACCUUCAACUGAUUCACUUUAACUUUAUGAGGACUGAAUAGGCACUUAACUAGAGACACAUGUGUAAAGGAAUGGACACUACCUGCACUACCUUAAGGGUAUUAGUGUAAGGAAUAAAUCUUGCCGUUUCAUCCUGUGGACUGAAGAGCCUGCGACUCUACAACAACCUCUAACCCAAGAGCCUGCGACUGUACAACAACCUCUAACCCAAGAGCCUGCGACUGUACAACAACCUCUAACCCAAGAGCCUGCGACUCUACAACAACCUCUGACCCAAUAGCCUGAGACUCUACAACAACCUCUAACCCAAGAGCCUGAGACUCUACAACAACCUCUAACCCAAGAGCCUGAGACUCUACAACAACCUCUAACCCAAGAGCCUGAGACUCUACAACAACCUCUAACCCAAGAGCCUGAGACUCUACAACAACCUCUAACCCAAGAGCCUGAGACUCUACAACAACCUCUGACCCAAGAGCCUGAGACUCUACAACAACCUCUAACCCAAGAGCCUGAGACUCUACAACAACCUCUAACCCAAGAGCCUGAGACUCUACAACAACCUCUGACCCAAGAGCCUGAGACUCUACAACAACCUCUGACCCAAGAGCCUGAGACUCUACAACAACCUCUAACCCAAGAGCCUGAGACUCUACAACAACCUCUAACCCAAGAGCCUGAGACUCUACAACAACCUCUAACCCAAGAGCCUGAGACUCUACAACAACCUCUAACCCAAGAGCCUGAGACUCUACAACAACCUCUAACCCAAGAGCCUGAGACUCUACAACAACCUCUGACCCAAGAGCCUGAGACUCUACAACAACCUCUAACCCAAGAGCCUGAGACUCUACAACAACCUCUAACCCAAGAGCCUGAGACUCUACAACAACCUCUAACCCAAGAGCCUGAGACUCUACAACAACCUCUGACCCAAGAGCCUGAGACUCUACAACAACCUCUGACCCAAGAGCCUGAGACUCUACAACAACCUCUAACCCAAGAGCCUGAGACUACAACAACCUCUAACCCAAGAGCCUGAGACUCUACAACAACCUCUGACCCAAGAGCCUGAGACUACAACAACCUCUAACCCAAGAGCCUGAGACUCUACAACAACCUCUGACCCAAGAGCCUGAGACUCUACAACAACCUCUAACCCAAGAGCCUGAGACUCUACAACAACCUCUAACCCAAGAGCCUGAGACUCUACAACAACCUCUAACCCAAGAGCCUGAGACUCUACAACAACCUCUAACCCAAGAGCCUGAGACUCUACAACAACCUCUAACCCAAGAGCCUGAGACUCUACAACAACCUCUAACCCAAGAGCCUGAGACUCUACAACAACCUCUAACCCAAGAGCCUGAGACUCUACAACAACCUCUAACCCAAGAGCCUGAGACUACAACAACCUCUAACCCAAGAGCCUGAGACUACAACAACCUCUGACCCAAGAGCCUGAGACUCUACAACAACCUCUAACCCAAGAGCCUGAGACUCUACAACAACCUCUAACCCAAGAGCCUGAGACUCUACAACAACCUCUGACCCAAGAGCCUGAGACUCUACAACAACCUCUGACCCAAUAGCCUGAGACUCUACAACAACCUCUGACCCAAUAGCCUGAGACUCUACAACAACCUCUAACCCAAGAGCCUGAGACUCUACAACAACCUCUAACCCAAGAGCCUGAGACUCUACAACAACCUCUAACCCAAGAGCCUGAGACUCUACAACAACCUCUGACCCAAUAGCCUGAGACUCUACAACAACCUCUGACCCAAGAGCCUGAGACUCUACAACAACCUCUGACCCAAGAGCCUGAGACUCUACAACAACCUCUGACCCAAGAGCCUGAGACUCUACAACAACCUCUGACCCAAGAGCCUGAGACUCUACAACAACCUCUAACCCAAGAGCCUGAGACUCUACAACAACCUCUGACCCAAGAGCCUGAGACUCUACAACAACCUCUGACCCAAGAGGAGUACUGUGCAGUUAACUUGUUGUGCCUACUGGUGAUAUAAUUACUUCCAUUCUAUAAAGGACAAAGGAAACCUAAUGUAGAUGGACCUUAAGCACUGGAUGAUGUAUUAAGAUGGGCAGGCUCUUUAUGACAAGACAAGUAACUAAAGGUCACAGUGGAUGUUUUGAUACAGUGUACAGUUACAAUUGUUUUCUUUUACAGCAAUUAGCAUUGAAUGUGUUAUCAUGUGUUGUUGUCUGUGGUUUGAAUUUGCAUGGUCAUUGAUGGCUACUUAUUUAUAAAUAUGUUACAGUAGUACAAGAUGGACCACCCAUUAGAAUGUUCAUUUCCUGUCAAUGUAUUUCCCUGUCCAGCGGUCUUCUCCCUUCUGUCUAGACUAGGGUUUAGUCCAUCUGUGGGAGUUUAUGUCUGGCACAUAAAAUGACCUUGGUUUUGCCUCAGUUUUAUCUGUCAUAGUUGAAAGUAUGUAAGUCUUGUUUAAGUAUGUAAGUAUUAUUUUUUUCAUAGAGUUGCUUCAUAUCCAAAUGCUGGAGAGAAUGCUGCUCACACGUGGAUACUUAAUGUAGAGGGAGAGAGAGAGAGCGCGAGAGAGAGUAAGAUAGAGAGAGUGGGGGGGCAGAGAGCGGGGGGGAGAGAAUGAGACAGAGAGAGAGAGACGGGGGAGAGAGAGAGAAUGAGAUGGAGAGAGAGAAUGAGACGGAGAGAGAGAAUGAGACGGAGAGAGAGAAUGAGACGGAGAGAGAGAGAGAGACGGGGAGAGAGAAUGAGACGGGGAGAGAGAGAGACAGAGAGAGAGACGGGGAGAGAGAAUGAAACGGAGAGAGAGAGAGAGAGAGACGGGGGAGAGAAUGAGACGGAGAGAGAGACGGGGGGAGAGAGAGAAGGACAACGUGUUUGUGUUUCCUGUAUAUUUCAAUAUGUAUGUCUAUGGAUAUGCCAAUAUAGAAAUAGAACAUGUUCAAGGAGGAGUCUGUAGGGUAUUUAUGUUUCUCACUACUCAAUUGAGUUACCUAUCAACCGUGGUAUGUCAUGUGGAUUUUGUCAGAACUGUUUUCAUGAACUUUGUUGUAGUAUUGUAUACCUUGAUAUUGUAGAGCUGCAGUUCUGUUUUCAUUAUACAUGAUACCUGAUGGCUGGGUCUGACAUGUAUUAUGGAUGGUGUCUGAACUCAGAGUAAUGUUCAUUUGGUCUGUGGUAGUCAGGGAUAGGAUAUAGAGUUCAGAACAGACUGUUUUGUGUUCUACUCAAUACUGACUUUUACUUAGGAACGCUUCAGGCAUGAUUCUCUGUUCUUCUCUGAAUUGAAUGUUUUUCCUUGCGCUGAGUGUUGACAUUGUACAGGUGCCAAACUGUUUAUUAUUUUUAUUGUGGGGAAUGCUGUACUGAAUGUUUGUGAAGUGUAAUGCAAUUAUAGAUCCUUAACAAAUGUUGCUUUGACA